AUGAUUAAAAUUCCUUUUAAUCAAUAAUUGUUAAUAAAUAAUGUGGUAUCUAAAAAAUUUUAUAAAUACUACAAUAUUGGUGAAAAUAUACUAUAUUUACAGUAUGUAUUGAAUAUCGCGAUGUAAGAGAAAGGGUUUUCAUUUCAACUGGUAAUUCCUGGAUUGUGAAGUAGAGUAGAGAACUAUUUUGACCAUUGGUGUAUGUGCGUUACGACGUGCAUUUGAAGUGCGUCACUAUUCGUACUUUCUGCGUCAGGAAAUUGUGAUUUGAGUGCAUUUUUACACUAAUAUUUUUCUUUCUUGUUUUGAAAAUCUUGUCAAAAGCAGGACCAUGUGUUCAACAGAGGCUGAUUCUAACGAUAGUAAUAUAAUUAGUAAUGAUGUGGGAGAUGCUUUCGGAUGUUCCAGAAACAGCGUCAGUCCCCUCAUUGGCCCUUUACAAACGGCACCCACAGAACGUUAUGCCACACAUUACAACAUGAAUCACUCAAAACGUGGAUUAGCUAUUAUUUUUAAUCAUGAAUUUUUCACUAUUGCACAUCUCAAACCUAGAUCUGGAACAAAUGUGGAUUGUGAAAAUCUUGUUAAUACAUUAAAAAAUCUUGGUUUCGAAGUAAAUGAUUUUCAUAAUUCAACAUAUAGAGAUAUAGUGAGAAAUUUAGAAAGAGUUGCCAGUAUGGACCAUUCUCAACAUGACUGUCUAAUUGUAGCUAUAUUAAGCCAUGGAGAAUUAGGAUUAUUAUAUGCUCACGACACUUCGUACAAGCCUGAUUCUAUUUGGGGUCAUUUUACAGCUGAUAAGUGUCCAACAUUAAUAGGGAAACCAAAAUUAUUUUUUAUACAAGCUUGUCAAGGAGAUAAAUUGGAUGGUGGUGUAACACUGAAAGAUCGUACUGAAACUGAUGGUCAACCAGCUUCUUCAUUUCGUAUACCAUCUCAUGCAGACUUUUUAAUUGCUUAUUCUACCAUACCAGGAUUUUAUUCUUGGAGAAAUACUACUCGUGGUUCUUGGUUUAUGCAAGCACUGUGCUCAGAAUUACGUGAAAACGGUACUCGAUACGAUAUACUGACUUUGCUCACAUUUGUAUGCCAGAGAGUUUCUAUUGAUUUCGAGUCUAAUACUCCUGACAACAUAACAAUGCACCAACAGAAACAAAUACCAUGUAUUACAUCAAUGCUAACUCGCUUGGUAAAAUUUACAUUCCCGAAAAAUGGAUUGGUGUAGUCGUUUUAUACAUGAGAUUGUAUGUACCUUUAUUGCAACGAUCGCACUAUUGUUGAGAGUUAAAUGGUGAUAUUUUGUCUAUGCUACUCUCGUUUUAUAGUGUGAUUAAAGUGCAUAGCAUUUAAAAGAUAGCAUUUAUUACAUACACAAACUGCCAUUAUAUUCUGCAAAACUUGCCCUAGAGGACAAAGCAUUAUAGCAAUACUAUAUAAUACAUUUUAUAGUAUACAUAAAGUUUUGUAUUCAUACAAUUUAAGAACAAAUUUUAUAAAGCUUAUAUCUUUCACAGGAUUUAUACUUAGAUAUUUGUAUGAAUAUAAUCUCUAUUUGUAAACUUCAGUCAUUUUUAAGCCAUUAUAUGAAGUUGGAAUGAAUGUAAUAACGGUCAUAUAAAAGUUUAUCAGAAUAUACUCAGCAUAUUAGAAUAAGUGAAGUAUGAAGUAAGUACAAAUGCAAAAUAAAAGUAAGUUGGCAGUGUUAUACUAUUGCUCGUUUGCUUCAAAAGUGACACCACCAUACUUAUAACAUUCUGAAAAAACGGGUUUGUACGUUUUGAAUCAUAAUUUUGUAAGAAUGUGUACUCACAUGCAAAUUGGCAUGAUAUUAAACUGUAACAAAAGUACUAUAUCAUUAUCAUUCAGUGUUGUGAAUUUAUAAGAAAUGUUUUUUUCUAUAUCAAUAACACAAAAAACAUUAAAUUUCGAGUUGUGUCAUUAUUGCAGCGAAGAAGUGAUAUAUAAUAAGAAUUGAUUGCCUUUGUGAUUGCUGCUUUCAAGCAAAAUUUGAUAGGUAAUUUGUAUACUACCUACGCCGUUGUAACGUAUGUUUACAAAAAUGUAUUUUUUAGCCAUCAUGAAAGCAGUUUAAGAAAUUAAUACAUAUAAUCUGCUUAUUGCUUUGUACAAAAUGUCGAGAUGACAAAACUUGUGUCUUUACAUAACAAGCAAUAGCCUAUCUUACAUUUAAAAAAAAUGAAAUAUUUUCAAUUUAGUAUUAAACGUAAUAUUACUUGCCUGAUUAAAGUAGUUGUGAUUAUAUAAGGUGCAAUUACAACGAAUAUUCAAGUUUUAUCUGUCGUUAAAAAAGAGAAAAAAUAACUUAUGCUCUAUGUAAUUAGAUCAUUAGAAAAUGCAAUAUGCACAUACUUUUGGAAUUGUCAGCUGGAAUAUAAAAUGUUAUGUGGCUUCGUAGUUUGAAAUAUAAUCGUAAAUGAAAUAGAUUAGUAUGUGAAGAAAAAAGUGCGAUGUUACCAUGACCAAAAUUACUAUAUUUAUAAAGAAAUGGCAUUAGUAUAAAUCUAUGAAAAGUUUCGAUAUGGUGAUAUAACAGUCUUUCAUAAGAAAAGUAUGCAAUUCUUAAAUACUUACUAAUUCAAUUAUAUAAUUUUAAUGUUACUUUUGAUUGUUUAACUCCUAUAUCUUUAUUGCUGCAUUUAAGUACGUAGUGUGAUUUAUAGAAAGUACUUGAUUCGAAAAUGAUUGUUGUCCUCAUAUUAUGUGAAAUACAUUGUUCCUUAUUGUAGCAAUUUUCAGUAUAAUCUUUCAAUGUAUUAGAGUCUAUUACUUAAUGUUAUAAAGUAAUUGCUCAACGAUAUAAAACGAUGUUGCGAAAUAUUUACAAUAUUUAUUGUAAAUUGUGAUAAAAGUAUGUGCUGAUAAUACAUGCUUCAGGCAUUACAGCAUUUUGUAUGAAAUUUCAUGCAAUACUAUAAUAUAAUCUAAAAUUUUUUAAUAUCUUUAUACUAUAGACAUUUUAAGUCCAUAUUGUGUAAGUCAUAUAUUUGUGAAAUUUUUGUGUACAUGAACUUGUAUACAAGCUUAUACAAUAAAGUUAAGAUAUAAAAAAAAGACAAGUUUUGUAUGAAUUUAUAUACAUAUACAUACUUACAAAAUAUUUUUCUAUAAAUGUUUAUUUUUCUGUUAUUUCAUCAUGCACAAAGAAACAGUCACAAUGUAAAAU